CUUGGGCGACGAAAUGUUUUAAAAUACGACUCGAUGAUCGAAAACCCACGACGCCACACCUUCAGGACACACGUCAAGUUUUCGCAGCUCAUCGAAAUUGACACAUUUUGGCAGCGCCUUGAGAAGACUGGGACUCGACACAGCUGACUGGCGGGACGGCUGACGGCUCGGUGUUGUGUGCUGUGUGCUGUGCUGCUGACGCUGUCCCUGGCGCUGAGGCUGAAGGCUGAGGGCAGCACGGGCCGGGUGUAGUGUGCUGCGGGGCGAGAGGUGUCACAGAACGCGGAAACUGAUGAAGCCCUCGGGUGCAGCAUGGAGGCCAGCAUAUGCUCCCAGGACAAGACGGUGGACCUGUACUUCGUGCGGCCAGACGAGGGCGCCUCCUCCCCCUGCCUCCUCGCCGCCCACCAGGCAUGUGAGAGGUUCAAGUCCAAGUGGAUAUCUGCCAAGGACUGUCUCCAGAUGAGCCCUACCAAGCAGGAAGUGUUCGUGUGUGACCCAUUUGAGGGAAAGGCCUUCGCACACCUCACCUCGGGGUUUAAGUGUGUUGUGGUGGGCCCAAGAUGCGUCCUGUCCUGCCUGUACCGGACUGAGCCCAUCCCCCAGCUGCCGUCCCCCAUACACAACACAGCCAUGCGGGGGCUAGUCAUCACCACCACAGGCUUUGAGAGGGCCAGGAAGGAAGAGCUGAAGUCCAUGGUGGAGCGCAUGGCCGGCAUAUACUCAGCUGACUACCACAUGGGCAUCACCCACCUGGUGGCCAAUGAGGUGGGCACCAAAAAGUACCAGGUGGCAGUGGAUCAGGAGAUACCCAUCAUGACAGGGGAGUGGGUGUCAGCAGUGUGGAAUGCAGUAGCCAAGGACCACACCCAGCACAUCCUGGCCACAGAUGAGCGCUUCCUCUCCCAUGCGUGUCCAGUGCUGUAUGGCAUGGUGGUGUGUGUCUCCCAGCUGGAUCGUGCCACCAAGCUUGCUCUUCAGGGAAUCAUUGAGGAAAAUGGUGGGACAUAUUCUCCCUUGCUUGAGAUGUCAAAAACUUCUGUUCUCAUCGUGUCUGCUCCUGAGGGUGACAAGUACACUCAUGCAUGUAAGUGGCGCAUCAAGUGCCUCACCCCUGACUGGAUCUAUGACUCGGUUCAGCGUGGCCAUGCUCUCCAGAUGGAAAAUUACGAGGUGAAGAAACGGAAGCACUCAACUCCCAAUAACUUUCACCCCCCCAGCAUGCUGCCGUCUGACUUGUCCCAGUGUAGUGCUAUCACAGGUGAGAAUACGGUGCUGAGGACCUCCAGUGUUGAUGAGACAUUGGAGCUGAAGGAGCCAGCGUCCAAGGAGAGGAGGAAUUCAUUCUCUAAGGAGGUGAGCCUUGCGCUGGAAGCCAUGGAGUCCCUGGACCUGCAGGAGGCUCAGAAGGCAGGAUUGUUCUUAGAUGGCUGCAAGAUCUUCCUCUCAGGCUUCAGCAACAGCCACCUGGAAAAGUUGCGACGAGUCCUCAACUUCGGGGGAGCAACCAGGUUCAGCCAGCUCACCGAGGCAGUGUCCCAUGUGGUUAUUGCCAAGCCCGUGGAGGAGCACCUGGCCCUGGUGAGUAGGUGGAGCACCAGACCCCACCUGGUGUAUGCACAUUGGAUCACUGAGAGCAUAAAGCUGAGGCGUCCAGCAGAGGAGGGACAGUUUACCCAUGCACUAGAAGAAGAGACAGUCGUGGAGGAUGUACGGAGGCCCCAACACUCCACCACUGCCACCGCCACCACUUCUUCACUUCAUAAUGCCCCUUCAUCACAAUGCAACGGUGAGGUGCCCCAUGAAGAUGAAGUGCUGAGGCAGUACUUAAAGCCAGGGCAAGCUGCUUCCACCAACACCACUGCUGCUGCUUCUAGUAGUGUUGCCCUGAGUGACUCACAGGAUCGGCGGGUCUGCAAGGCUUUCAGUAACAAGACGUUUACAAUAUCAGGAUACACCCAAGACAUGGAGGAGGCGCUGACUGAGGUAGUGGAGGAGCGUGGGGGCCAUGUGGUACCUCUGGACCACCCGGGGCCUGUCCACUACUCCUUGAUCACCUCUGAGGGCCAGUUCCACCCCAAGGCAGAAGAGGUUGUGUCACAUUACUUCCUUGAGGACUGUAUCACAGCAAAGAAGCUGGUGCCUGUGGAGUAUUACCAUGUACCUCUACUGCCACCGGGAGACACCUUCCCUCUGGAGGACUGCUGCAUCACCAUCUCUACCUACACCAGGAAUGAGAGAACCUUCUUGGAAAACCUGUCAAUCCUUCUUGGAGCAAGAAGCCAAGACAUGUUUGCCAAGAAGCCCAGCCCAGAGAAGAAUGUGGUUCCGUCCACACACCUUGUCUGCCCCCUGCCCAGCGGAAACAAGUACCAGGCAGCCAGGAAGUGGGGAGUGCCUGUUGUCUCCGCUGAUUGGCUGGUGGAGUGUGCCAGAGUGGCCGGUAGAGUGCCUGAGGACCCCUUUCUGGUGAACUCCUCCAACCACCCUAAAGUAGACAAGAAGAAAGUUUUCAAAGAUCAUUUAGGUACCACACUGAAGAGCAGAGAGGAGGAGGCAGGACUCAGGACAUCAUCUUCAAUCCACAGACCAAGGAACAGAAAGUCAGGCUCCUGCACUCCCUCACCUGACAAGCUUCAUCACUCUCGCAUCACUGCAGAGAUUCACACAAGUCUCCGAAUAUCAAGAAGUCAGGAGGAUGAAGCUGCCCUUGACACCUCAAGCCACAAUCCUCCUCACAGGAAAAGGUUAAGACGUAUGAAUGACUCCUUCCUGUCCCAAGACCCAGCAAAGGAGACUCCAGCCAAGGAGUUUUACAAAAAGUUUUAUGAGGACAUCAAAGAAACAAUGAAGAAGUAUAAAAGAAAACCCCAAUUACUGCUACAAGAAAGUGGGACAGUGAAAGCAGCCACAAAAGAUAAUAGGGAUAGAGAAAUGGAAGGCGAAAAAGAGCAUCAAGAAAAUGGGACGCAAGUUGAGGGGCCUCUGAAAGGUGUUGUGGUUUGUUCAUCACGCAAAUUUGUGGACCAGUGGGAAGAGAUGUCUGCAGCUGUAGAACAGUUAGGUGGCCAGUACUUGAGUAGCUACGGGCCAGAGGUCACCCACUUCCUCUUCCUGGGUCGUCUCAAUGACAUUAACAGGGAGUUCCGCAGAGCAAAGCAAGAUGGGAAGAUUAUCGUGGCCCCAGACUGGCUGUGGAUGUGUCAAGAGAAGGGCACAAAGGUGGAUGAGAUGCUGUUUCCACACACACAAAACCCCAACAUGAGCCUUGCCCUAGUGGAAGGUUCACCCAACAACAGGAGCAAGGCCAAGAGGAAGUGCCCUGAGGGGGAAGUAGAGGAGGAGGAGUACUCACAGGAACAGAACACAACAGAUGACAGUGAAAAGAGUAAAGAAAAAGAUGGAACACAAGAGGAAAAAGAAAAACUUUCUAAACAACUAGAGGAGAUUGGAGCUCUUGCCCAGCUUACUGGGAAGAGGACUGUCGGAACAAGGGGGAGGAGCAAAGCCUUUGGGGAGUGGCACAGGCAUCCUACCUCUAGGCAUGUUGAUAUUGAGACACAGCCAAUGUCAGGGGAGGAACUAGAGUCCCAGGGCACUGCCAUUACCUGGGAGGACCCACUGGAGCGUGAGGCAAGAAUCCACCUGCAGAACCAGCUGAAUGGGGACACCCAGGAGCAUGUGAGACAGGUGAGUGCAGACGACACAGAUGAAAGCAUGAAAGAAAUGGAGGAAGUAAAGAAGAAUCAUACAGCAGAGAGAGGAGCAUUACCAAUCAGUGACGAAACUGUUGCCAAUGUUGCCAAGUCUCCAGACCCUCAACAAUUGGUGUUCGUGUUGGUGGGGAUGAGUGAGGAGAAGCGGCAACACUACAGCAAGGUGGUGGAAGAGCUUGGCGCCACCGUCACCCUCUCCCCCACCUUCAACCCUGAAGUCACCCACUUGGUUGCAGAGUCAUUGUCUCGCUCAGAGAGGACACUGGCGGCCAUUGCGUCUGGCAAAUGGGUGCUGCAUGACUCCUACCUUGACCACUCACAUCGAGCUGGGCACUUCCUCAAGGAGGAGUUGUAUGCUUGGGGCAACCCAGCAGCCCAGCACCUGCCAUCACUGCCACCGGAGAACACCCGCGCCCAGCUGGCCAAGGCUGCAUGGCGCUGGAGGGCCGCUAUCAAUGGCCCGGACGGGUUUGCACAACAACCAUUUCAGCACAUGGUGGCCCUCAUCCACUCCAGCAAGGACCGAGUGGGAGCCUUCACACGCAUGAUUAAGGCAGGCGGAGGAGAGGUGGUGACAGCCAAGCCUCCCUAUGUAGAGCUGGAAGGCAUCACUCACUUCUUUGCGGAGAUGGAUAAGGCCCCCGAGAAGGUGGAUCUGGAGCCUUUUGUGGCCAGGGGGAUCCCUUGCCUCAAGCCCAUCUUCAUCAACAACUAUCUCAUAAUGGACCCAUUGCCUGAGGAAGAGGACCAUUAUAUCUCCCAGUACAAAGACUUGCUGCUGUCCAUGAGUGGUAAUAACCAGAGUGGCCUAAAACGGCUGCGCAAGGAGUGACUUCGGAAGACAUUGGAUUUAAAGAUGAUGGACAUAUAUUUUUUGACAACAGAGAUUUAAAUAAAGGGAUUUUUAAUUUA